AUGGCGCAAGCCUCAUUCGAAUAUUCCCGAAGCGGAACGCUUCCGGAUCAAUCUAGGUAUUCAUAUACCUAUUCUGCGUCGGUCUGGCGGCCUACUCCAGAAGAUCUUGAUCUAGGCAAGGCCAUUGAGGAAUUCGCUUCGUUGGGAUUCGCGCCACCACCACCUCCUAUCGCUACAAGCUCGCAUCGUGAUGGAAACAGCAGCAUCAAUCGCCACGACGCCAAGAGUCGAAUCGCAAGCAGCGGUCGUGUCCAGGACCCGAUAUUGCCCGGUAGCUACUCCGGCAGAUACAGCACGGCACCCUCCGCAGCAGCAGCGCCAGCAGCAUCAUCAUCAUCAUCAUCCAGAAGACCAGACCGCCCCGCUGCAGUCGUCGCUCCUCGCACCAUCGCCAUCGCCGCCGCCGCAGCACCACCCCCCUUACCUUCCGAACUCGAAAGGAGACCUCCUCCCAGGCGCUGCUCGCGCACCUCACCGCACGCAUCCUCCGCCCGCGCUCCGCUGAUGAACGAGGACAGAGCCCUGGUUCCCUACGGCGGCGCCAGGGAAUACGGGACGACGACGGAUGAUGCCAUGACGCUUGGACCGGAGGAUUCCGUUUCGCAGGUUUCGAGAUCGAGGCCGAGGAGGCGCGAAGGGUCUGUGGUGUCCGGGCAGACGAUUCGGUUUGGGGGGGAGAAGAAGAGGGAAGGGGGCGCGGAGCCGGAGCCGGAGGUGUAUGCGGUUGAUGGGAAGGGGGAUGCGAUUUGUUUGACGAGGGAUGUUACGCCUUGGUGA